CUUCCUGCGGCAGCCGGUGGCGGUGCGCCCAGCCUGUUCUCUGGCGGGCCGCCGGUUCCGCUUCCUGCGGAAAUGCUCCCCUAAGCCUUCGCCAUGAGCGGCGGGGAGCUGCGGUGCUCGCUCUUCUCCCACCAGUAGAGCGCCGGGCAGUUCCGUUGGUCCGAGCCCGCCAGCUGUCCCCGCUCCGCCCGGGGAGCGCCUGGCACUCCACUCCCGCCGCAGCGGCGUGUCGGAUCGCGGCAAGGCCAUGAUAGACGAGACGCAGGGCGUCUGGAGCCAGGAGGCAGUGGAUCACUUCCUGAGGCUUCAGCGCAUCGGAGCGAGAGACGGAGCGGCCGUCAAGUGGUUCCACGCCGCUAAUAGCAAGGCUCGAGCUGUGGAGGCCGCCAGAAGUGAUGUUCACAUGAUUGAGGCAGAUGUUCUUCUUCGCGGUGGCAAGGGAGGAAAUGGAGACCCUGUUAUGGCUCAUCCACCUGAAACAGACAGUGACAUCACAUUGCAGGAAUGGCUGGAGGAGAUUUUCAACACAGAUAAAGGCAUCAAGCUGGAUUUUAAGAGUCUAGAAGCUGUGAAGCCUUCCUUGGAGCUUCUUGAACACAUGAAGCAGCAUUUGAGGCGACCUGUUUGGAUCAAUGCAGACAUCCUGCCAGGACCUAAUGGAAAUAGUGCUGCAGUGGAUGCAAAAAGGUUCCUUGACACUGUCACUUCGUUCUUCCCAAACAUAACCUUGUCACUUGGAUGGACAACUGGCUGGCAUCCUGACAAACACAAUAAAGGCUAUGACUGGGCGAUGGUGACAGAAAUGGCUCAGAUAUGCAGUAUGCUGUCCCAGCGUGUCACUUUCCCUGUAAGAGCAGCAUUGGUACCACAGUCAGUAGCUGAGCUGUGUUGGUUAAUGCAACAGUCAGAGAGAUACAGCCUCACAGUUUGGACAGGAAGGGAAGAUGUGUAUUCUGUGGAAGAUUUGCUUUACAUCAGAGAAAACUUUUCUAAAAGUAGAGUUUAUUACGAUAUUUUAGAGCCACAAAACUCUGAAUUCAAGAAGGCUAUAGGAAUAGAGUAAUAGAUACAGAGCGGGCAAUCUCUGACCUUACAGUACUUAGCCCCUUUAAAUAUGAAGAUUUCAUGUUCAGAGAAAUGUGUUUUCCUUCUCAAAAGAAUUGUAUAGAACAUAGCUGUGAUUAUUUGAGGAGUUUUCUCCAGUGGAAAGGCUUUUCAAACAGAAAUUUGAUGCCUUCUUUAAUAGGUCAUGCUUGUUACUUAUCAUAUGCAUGUUCACUCUCAUUCACUCAAAGGCCUUGUAAAGGCGAUAAUAGGGCCAGCUAAUAGUUGCAGACUGUUGUGAAGGGGUUUUGUUUGGGUUCAUGGGAUUAAAUAUGAGGCCAAAUUUAAAA